UGACAUUUAAAAGGUUGGGACGAAGCUUUCAAAGACAGAGAUGUUCAACCAUUUCGUCUGGAUAACGUUAUUGUUUUUGGAGAAGAAAAAAAAACGUUACUGUUUUCAACAAGCAACUGUCUUACAAAAUAGAAGAAACAAAGAAACAACUUGUAAAGAAUAUGAAAUGGUGAAGAUGUCCUCGAGAACUUGAAGACAAAAUCAACUUGUUGACAGCCAGACAAGUGUUUAACUUGCUUGCUGAUGUUAACGAUGUGAAUACAGAUCGCUUUGCAAUCUAAUGGACCGCAAGGUACCCGUCCGUCACCAAUAGCUGAUAUAUUUCAUACAUUUUGGACCGUGAUAUUACCAGUACUUAAGCUCGUUAGGUAGUUAACUAACUCGGCAGCUGUGAACUUGUGAACAGAGCUUUCUGUCGGAGUUAAUAAGAGAGGCAUUAUUUUCUUCAGUAGUUAUGUUUCCGUUAGAUUCGACGUGGAACAUUUCCUUUGCAGGUUGCGGUUUCUUAGGCAUCUAUCAUAUCGGUGUAGCGAGUUGUCUACAGGAACAGUGUCCGUUUCUAGUGCAUAAUGCCCGGCACAUCUACGGGGCAUCAGCUGGGGCGCUCACCGCCACUGCGCUGGUCAGCGGAGCUUGUUUAGGUGAGGCAGGUGCCAACAUCAUUGAUGUGGCCAAAGAUGCCCGGAAGCGUUUCCUGGGUCCUAUGCACCCGUCCUUCAACCUGGUAAAGAUCAUGCGUAACAUGCUGUAUAAAACGCUGCCACCGGAUGCCCACCAUCGUGCCACAGGGAGGCUGGGCAUAUCACUCACCAGGGUGACCGACGGAGAGAAUGUCUUGGUGUCCCACUUUAACAGCAAGGAGGAACUGGUGCAGGCGUGUGUCUGCAGUGCUUACAUCCCUGUGUACUGUGGACUGAUCCCCCCUACACUGCAGGGUGUGCGUUACGUGGACGGUGGUAUCAGUGAUAAUCUGCCUCAGUAUGAGCUGAAGAACACCAUCACUGUGUCUCCGUUCUCUGGAGAGAGUGACAUCUGCCCUAGAGACCGAUCCACCAACAUGCAUGAACUACGAUUCACCAACACCUCCAUCCAGUUUACACUCACCAACCUCUACAGAGUGUCCAAAGCUCUGUUUCCCCCUGAGCCACAGGUUAUGAAGGCCAUGUGUAAACAGGGGUACAAAGAUGCUCUUCACUUUCUAAAGAAGAACGGACUGUUGAAUCCCCAAGGACCCCACAGACCUCUAAUAGCCGACGGUGAGGAAGAUGACGUCAUAGAGGAUGAUGAUGACGACGACGAUGAAGAACACGAGGAGCGGCUGGUACAGAACGAGAUCAGACCCAUUGAGAAAGAGUCCGUGGUGGCCCCCGCCAAGUCCAAAUCCAACAUCGAGGAUCAUAUCUUUGAGCACCUGCCACCCAGACUACACAAAGCUCUGGUGGAAGCCUGCAAGGAGAGAUACAGUCUGGGCCAGUCGCUAAGCAACCUGCUGCCAGUCAGGAUGGCGACGGCUAUGAUGCUUCCAUACACCUUUCCCCUGGAGUCUGCUCUGUCUAUGACUGUUAGACUGUUAGAGUGGCUGCCUGAUGUUCAGGAGGAUGUGGGAUGGAUCAGGGAGCAGGUCGUUAAGGUUUUGCAGUGUGCUGUGAGCCGGGCCACCAAGACUGUCUCCAACCACGUCUCUGCAAACUGUUACUACCAGUUGGAGCUGCGUCACUGCCAGUCCCUGCCUGCCCAACUCAACCCUGCCAGACUGCUCCCUAGCUGGGCGAGUGGAGGCAGCUCCUCUGUCCUGGAUGUUAUCAGUCGCCUGGACCAGUACCAGAGGCAGCUGCUGCCGGGCUCCUUCUGUGUCAACCUGGACCUCCACGGUGCCUUAUACACCAGGGGGACCCCAGGCCCAGGAAGAUGCCCCGAAGCUGGGGAAGGAAGUCCAGGACCAGCCCUGGCCCCUAUAGACGCAGAGGAGGUCGAAGGGAUGGGGCUGAUGAUGAGGAGGCUCAAUGAAAACCACAACUCUACUCCAGCCUCACUCUAACAUUAUAAUGUAUCCCUAAAGAAAAGGAUGAGGGUGGACUGUGAAUUAGGGCGUGUCCAGAGGGUAAAUUAGGGCAUGCCCAGAGGGUAAAUGAGGGUGUGUCCAGAGAGUAAAUGAGGGCGUGUCCAGAGGGUAAAUUAGGGCGUGUCCAGAGGGUAAAUUAGGGCGUGUCCAGAGGGUAAAUUAGGGCGUGUCCAGAGGGUAAAUUAGGGCGUGCCCAGAGGGUACACUGAGCCAAACCCACGUUCAGUACACCAAGCCAGACCCACGUUCAGUACCCCGAGCCAAACCCACAUUCAGUACCCCGAGCCAAACCCACGUUCAGUACCCCGAGCCAAACCCACGUUCAGUACCCCGAGCCAAACCCACGUUCAGUACCCCGAGCCAAACCCACGUUCAGUACCCCGAGCCAAACCCACGUUCAGUACCCCGAGCCAAACCCACGUUCAGUACCCCGAGCCAAACCCACGUUCAGUACCCCGAGCCAAACCCACAUUCAGUACCCCGAGCCAAACCCACAUUCAGUACACCGAGCCAAACCCACGUUCA